UGCCCAACUGCCUGCUAUGGCGACCCCCUUCACCAUGACACCUAUGGGUCAGUCUACGGGUGGUUGGGAGACCUGGUCGACUAAAAAGAAGCUCAUCGUUCUUGUUUCGGCCCUACUUGUUCUUAUACUGGUUUUGGGCAUCGCACUGGGACUGGGUUUGAAGCAUGAUAAGGAGCGGGAGCCAAGAGAAACUCCUCCAACACCUACGAGAUGGCAGCCAGCAGCCGGGUCGACUUUCCAAAUCAUGAUUCUCUACCAACUAGACGAUACAUCGACUAACGCAGAUAUAUACGACAUCGACCUCUUCUACAACACAAAAGACAUCAUUACCCAGCUCCACAAGGAUGGCCGAAAGGUUCUCUGCUACUUUUCCGCUGGAAGCUAUGAAGACUGGCGCGACGACAGAACCCAAUUCCACAAAUCCGACCUUGGCUCAAACUUAGCUGGCUGGCCAGGCGAGCGCUGGCUCGACAUCAAUUCCGAAAAUGUGCGCAGAAUCAUGCUCUCCCGCCUAGACACAGCCCGCGACAAGGGCUGCGACGGCGUCGACCCGGAUAAUGUCGAUGGCUACGAUAACCACAACGGACUGGGCCUGACGCGCGCGGAUGCUGCGGACUAUGUCAAUUGGUUGGCUAAUGAGACGCAUGUGCGAGAUAUGUCUAUGGGGUUGAAAAAUGCGGGGGAUAUUAUUCCGUAUGUUAUAAGGAACAUGCAGUGGAGUGUGAAUGAGCAGUGUGGAGAGUAUAAGGAAUGUGAUACUUAUGCGAAGUUUAUUGACGCUGGGAAGCCUGUUUUUCAUAUUGAGUAUCCAAAGGGUAAUAAAGUGAACGAUUCGCUUGCGGUUACUAAUUUACAGAAGCAGAAUGUUUGUGGGUCGGAUGGGGCGAGGGGGUUUUCGACGGUCAUGAAGAAUAUGAAUUUGGAUGAUUGGAUUGAGACAUGUUGAUAUUGGUUCUAUAAUGUUUCGAAUGUUUCUAUUUGGGUUAUAGUAAUGCGUUAAUAAACUAUCCUAGCUUCUUACCGU